CUUCCCUCUAACUUUACACUCAACUUAGGUGAAGAGCCAGUCAGACAGAGUUGCAGACUCGUGGAAACGUCAACACAUUUCAUAAAAAAUGAAUGCUUUGAGCUUCAGAGACUGUGAGGCGUGGAGGGCUGAGGGUCUUCCAUUGUCCACCAGCAGCAACGAAGCGUGCAAACUUUAUGACGCUAUUCUCACUCAGUAUGCAACAUGGCGCAACAUUGAAAGCAUUGGAGGAGUCGAAGGGUGCUUUUCUGCUAUCAAAGUGGCAGAUCCUAAUUUUGUGAUGGGACAUGUGAUGAGCACAGGCUUGGAGCUGGUGGGAACGGCCACCUCGCCCCGCCUCAACCAACGUCUGGCCAGCGCUGUGAGGAAUACCGUGGAGCUGGCCAACAGUCAAAACAUCACACAGAGAGAGAAGCUCCACGUCAAGGCCAUGGAGUUCUUCUCACAUGGGAAUUUUCCCAAAGCGUGUGAUACUUGGGAAGAUAUUCUGGUUGAUCAUCCCACAGACUUGCUUGCCCUCAAGUUUGCCCAUGAUAGCUACUUCUACAUGGGAGCCCAAACACAGAUGAGGGAUUCGGUUGCUCGAGUGCUGCCUUACUGGAAGCCACACAUCCCUUUGUCCAGCUAUCUGAAGGGACUGUAUUCUUUUGGUCUGCUGGAGACUCAUUUCUAUGACCAGGCUGAGAAAGAAGCAAUGGAGGGACUUGCUCUGGUUCCAGGUGAUGCAUGGUCUGUCCAUUCGGUCGCCCAUAUCUAUGAGAUGAAAGCGGAGGUGGACAAAGGCUUGAAGUUCAUGGAGGGCAGGGAGAAAGACUGGAAGGUGUCUGAUAUGCUGGCCAGCCAUAACUAUUGGCACUGGGCGCUGUACUUCAUCGAGAAGGGGCAAUAUGAGGCUGCACUGCAAAUCUUUGAUUCUGAGAUUUUCAAACGUUGUAAAGCCACAGGAUCCAUGUUGGACAUGGUCGACGCCAGUUCACUGCUCAGCAGACUGGAAAUGGAGGGUGUGUUUGUGAAGGACCGAUGGCGGGAGUUGCUCCAGGUAACACUGCCGCACACCGAGGAUCAUGUGACCCUAUUUAAUGACCUCCACUUCCUCAUGGUGUCCCUGGGAGCCAAAGAGACUGGUGCUUCUCAGCGUCUGCUGGAAGGCCUCCAAGAAUUGGCUAAAACACCGGGCGACAAUUACCAGCAUGAGCUGGCUGGACCCAUAGGUGUGCCCAUGUGUCAGGCUUUGAUGGAAUAUGAAGGAGGAAACUACGCUCAAACUGUGGAGUUAAUGUACCCGUUACGCUACCGCAUGGUGAAGAUGGGGGGCAGCGAUGCACAGAGAGACGUCUUCAAUCAACUGCUUAUUCACGCAGCCUUGAAAUCGGAGAAUAAGCGCCACCAGAGACUUGGAAGAUGUCUUCUGGUGGAGCGUGACGCCAUGAAGCCAAACUCCCCUCUGACCGACCGUCUGAUGCAGAGAGCCAUGGCUCUUCAUGACUAGCAAGGUGUGCAAAGCAUCCCCCUUAUCUGAUGCUUUAAUGGAGAAAUCCGGCCUUGUCAAAAAUGCUCGAAACACACAACAGUACGUCAAGCCAUCAAGUAUUUUAGAUACAUUAAUUUAAGGUGCGUUUUUUUUUUUGAUGAAUUAGACUAUAUUUGUCAGUGCCAUGACAAGAUCAUCCAAUUUAGUGCAAAUCAUGUUUACUAGUGGCUGAAGUGAAAAUAAAAAUUAGGGCACAAAUCACUUAAAUAAAAUAUAUACCAAUUUAAAGUGCAAAUCAUGUUUACUAGUGGCUGAAGUGAAAAUAAAAAUUAGGGCACAAAUCACUUAAAUAAAAUAUAUACUAGGGAAAAAUUUAGUACUCUUACAAGUGUAUUUGAUGUAAAAUCAGAUAUUAAUUAUAGAGUUUCCCAACUGUAAUUAAAUUUAACAAUCUAAAUCAGGGGUGUCAAACUCGUUUUAAGUCGGGGGCUACAUGGAGAAAAAUCUACUCCCAAGUGGGCCCGGACUGGUAAAAUCACAGCAUAAUAACUUAAAACUUCAGAUUGUUUUCUUUGUUUAAAAAUAGAACAAGCACAUUCUGAAAAUGUACAAAUCAUAAUGUUGUUGGUUUUUUUUUUCACUUACAUAAUGCGGUUAAUAGUAUCUUUAUUUGUCAUUAUUUAUACUUUCAGAAUAAAUUAUGUGACAAUGUUCAUCAGUCAAUUUAUUGGUGUUAAUUUUCAAUCUGUCAAGAUAAAAUAAUAAUAUCAAAAUCUAACUAAAGGAUGUUAUUUAUGUAGUUUGCUCAUUUUCCUCGACUGGUGCACUAACAUCAUGUGGUUAAUUAUUAUUUUACAUACAGUAUUUAGCAUCAUCUACAAAGAUACAAAUAAUUGCUAUUGCGACAUCUAGUGGACACAUUUAGAACAGCUGUUUCUUUCAUUCAAAAAUGUUGUCUCAUUUUUAUACUUAGCAAACUCAUCCCGCGGGCCGGGUAAAACGUGUUUGCGGGCCCGAUCCGGCCUGCGGGCCUUACGUUUGACACCCCUCAUCUAAAUGAUACAACAUACAACAGGUCAACAGGAUUACUCGCAACAUUACAAGGGUCAUUUCACCAAAUCGGUGUAAUUUGCUUGUUGAAACUUUCAAAAAUAAACAUUAAUUUCUGUAUUUUUUUUUCAACUUCAAAUCUAAUAAUACACUUGGGGCCUGAUCUGUGUGCAAACUAUGAAAGUGUGUGUUCUACAGUAUUAGUGAGCGUGUUGCGGGUAAUCUACUAAAACUGUGUGUAAAAUUGAUAAGUGCAAAAGUGGUGCAGACCGCCUUAUUUAAAAGAGGAUUUCGUAUGUAUACUGGCUGUGGCCAAGGAGACACUCAUUUCCCUCCACAUUCAUGAUGUCAGGUGUUCCAACGGUCCAACCUGUGCUGUUUCGAUAUGUUGUGGAAUAUGCAGAACAUGCCACAUUUUUUGGGGCGCUAUACUGUAAAAGUUUGAUUUAGACAAAAUAUACUAUUUUUAGCAUGUCUAAGGCAUGCUAUGGUAGGUGCUGGUGUUUUGAUGGUGCAUCUGGAAUGAUCCAGAAAUGCAUGCACAAUUUUUCAUAUAGGAGAUAUAAUAAUAAUAUAUCUCUUACAUGAAAAAAUAAAAAUGCCAGCAGACAUCAAAAGGAGUUAAAUAUUUUAUUUUAAUCAGCCCCUUAAUUCAUCCAACAACUAUAAUUGUAAACACAGGUUCAUUCAUGAUAAAUCACAUUGCAAGCGCUAAAUAAUUAUUUUUGCAUCCUCUCCCAGUAUUGUGGGUGUUCUAAUAAUCAGCAUAUACAUUAAAACAGACACGCUAAAUAGAUUAUGCUCUCUAUUUUGCUCAUUUAAAGAGGCUCUCUGCAAUUUGCUCACAGUGACAUUUUUAAAGCAAAAAAAGCAUGAGUUUACGUCAAAAAAACAAUUUACGUCCUGAAUAAAAUAGUUUUUUUUGUUCGUCCACACGUAUGCGAGGGAGCGCGUGCACACAUACAAAAACAGUCCAACUACUGUAACAAUUAGCACUCAUGUUGUUGUUAUGAUAUAAAAUACAUUCAACAACCGCUAACAAUUGCUAUCCAAUUUGCUAUUAUUAGCUAACAGCACCAAAAGCGAAUGUAACGUACAUAUGUAGUUACGUCAUUCCAUCCUGGAAAGCCGUAGAGCAAUGAUGUCAAACUCAAGGCCCGGGUGCCAGAUCUGGCCCUCCACAUUAUUUAAUGUGGCCCGCAAAAGCUUUGAAAUAAUAUGGAGUACUUUACAAAAUGUAUUUGUUCUUUGCAUUUUGACAGAAAAAAAUAGACGUAUUGCAUGCAAUUGCAUAUCUUUUAAAAUGUAAUAUUAUCUAAUAAUGCAACAAAUAUAAUACCAUCAUACAUUUCAAACUUUUUUUGUUAAAAUAAAAAAUAAUGACUUGUAAUUUCAAAGCAAGUUUUCCAUCCAACUGUACAGUAUAAAAACAAAACUGUAGAAUAUACAGUAAAAAAAACUGGCAGUUCAGUUGCUCGGAUUUUGUCGUAUAAAAACUAUAGUACCCUUUUUCCAUUUACAGUAAUAUGCUGUAAAAAACACCAUAAAUGUUGCAGUAAAACUGUAGCGACUGAGCUGCCAGUUUUUUUACUGCAAAAUCUAAAGAUUAAAAAAAAAAAAUAUAAUCAAAUGCAUAGGCAAUUGUAUAAUAAUACCUUGAGGUGAAUCCUCAUACAUUUAUACCCAUAAAUUAUUCACGGUUACAAGCGGCCCUCUGAGGCCAUCCACAAAUGCGAUGUGGCCUUCAGUGAAAACCAGUUCCACUCCCCUGCCGUAGAGGGUUGUAUAAGCAGGGCUCGAAUUUAACCAUGGCAACUGCGGCAAAAGCUGCGACCGCCCUCGUCAUUUGCCGUAAGCCCUAAAAAAUUGACCAACAUCUGCGGCAAGAACAUGCCGUGACCGCCCUUGACUUUUUACCAGAUAAUGGACAAGGGAUGUAACAAUAAACGAUAUAUAAUGAUAAUUUGCGCUAAAAUUCCAGACGGUUAGUAAUACCGUCUAAUUUUUUUCAUUACCGAAAAACCGUAAUUUAUUAAUGCAUUUUAGGCUCCAUGAAGUCAGGCGCAUGCGCACUUGCGUCGUUUGGCUUGAUAAUCAUGGCGGACUAGCUACAUGGACUUUGCUGAAGAGAUUUCCCCUCGGAGUAAACAGAGCCAAGCGCUUGGUUUAACUCCAUUUUCCCUCAUUUCCCGCUGUGCGUUUAAGAGCGCACUGCUUUGUUUAGAUGGAGACAGGUGUGGACAAUAUUGGAGACACUUGUCCCCACACUAAAAGUAUACAGCGAAGGAGAAAACUAUUUGAUGUUUUGCAGCAGGCGAUGUGUCGUGAACGUUGUCACAACUUGUUUAUAAAGUCUUUACUUUGUUGACUGGGAUGUUCACUCUUUUAACUGCUAACUGUAUCAGUGUUCAAAUAACAUCAGUACUAGCUAAAAUGUUUUGUCAUCUCAUCGAACUGAAUGAAGGCUGUGAAGAUUGUGUAUUCGAUGUGAGAGGUGUCACUCCUUUAUUUUUGUUAGCCAAACUGUUGUACCGAACCAGAACAACGCUCGUUCAUUAGACUUCAUCUUCAUUAGCCAAACUGCUUUGUGUUUUAUUUUAAUAUCAAAAACUAAACUCAAGGUUUGUAUACAUUAUUUGUGGGUUUUUUCAUGUCACAAAGGUAUUACUUCAAAAAACAUUAAUGUGACAUAGCAUUUUGUUAAUGUAUUAUUGUGCAUAACUAAUUCCUAUAUGACAUAUUUCUGCUCACACUUAAUGGAUCUGUCCCGAUACAUCAUCUGCAUCUACAUAUAAACAUACAUACCGUAACUUAAAAAAAAAAAAAUUACAUCUCUCUAUCAAAAUGUAAAAAAUAGAGAUGAAGGCAUCAUGAAAUGACAAAAAGCUGACAAGUUUAU